CUUUUAUUUGACAUCUAUUUUUAACGGGGCUUAAAAUAUUUGGGUUUUUUCAGGGUUUUUUCUUACACGUAGCAUGUUGUUGAAAGGAUAGAUGAUAUUAAACCCUUGGAAGUAUUCCUCCAGAUCAGCCAACCAAAAAAGUUUUCCCUUUUAAUUAUUAGUUUACUAUUACCAAACUUUCUUCUCCCUUCACUUCCUCCACCCCGCCCUCUAGCUUCUAUAAUGCUUGAAUUACAAAAAAAAAAUUAGUUGUUUUCUUCUUCUUCUUAUUUUAUAUAAUUUUGAAUGGUUUAGAAUGGGUUAUAUUCUUCUCAAAUUGCUAAUUAUUUAUAUUUUCAUCUUUUCCUUUUUACAAGCCGACAAACCUAUUCUUGUCAAAAACAAUUGUGCUAGUGUUAUAACAGUGGGUGUCCUUACGAAUGGUAUCAGUAGCUCAUUUCCUGAACUAAGCUUUGAUUUGACUCCUUCAGCAAGCAACAGUUUUAGCAAGCCGGAUAGUUGGGGAGGACGCGUUUGGGCACGUUAUCAUUGCUCUGGCUCUGCGGGUAAGGACGCUCAGAACUGUGGCGUACCAGGCGCGGUAAAUCCUGCUAGUUUAGCAGAGUUUUUCUUUAAAGGAACAGGUGGUAAAGAUUUUUAUGAUAUCAGUCUUGUUGAUGGUUACAAUAUGCCUCUCUCCAUUUCUCCUAGUGGUGGUUCUAAACCAGAUGGUUAUGAAUGUGGGUCUCCAAUCUGUAGUCUAUCCUCUUGCCCCCCAGAGUAUGCAGUGACGGAUGCAACAGGGAGUGUCGUAUCUUGUAUGAGUGCUUGUUCUAAAACAGGCUCCCCACAGGAUUGUUGUACAGGAAAUUAUAAUACGCCUGAAACAUGCAAACAGAAUGCUCAGGCUGCUGAUGUAAAGCAGAGAUGUCCAGAUGCUUAUAGUUUUGCAUAUGAUGAUCAAAAAUCGACUUAUUCAUGUGAAGCAAAUGGUUAUACGAUUACUUUUUGUUAGUAAACUUUUAUUAUAUAUACAGGUAAUCAUCCUUAAACUAUGUUUAUUAUUAUUACCAUAAUAAUAAUAAUAAUAAUAAUAAAAAUAUACAGAUAUAAUUAUAUUAGUUAUUAAAUAGUACUAUAAAAAAUAAAA